CGCGUCUGUUACAGCGCACAGCAGAUUUGACAAAUUGACGCUGGCAAAUAGCCCGAAGACCAUCAUUCUAAGGAUAGUAUUAUUAUUUUAUCGGUACCUGCAUCGCCUCUGCAGCAUGUACGGCGAACUUGGCAACAAAUUGGUCCAACAUGCAAAACGAACCCAAUCCCUCUCUCAUCUCCCCCCAUACCAAACCGAACUCGUCCGCUCGGUAACGCGCGAAGUGCGCGACCUAGACCGUGACCUAACCGCCCUCUUAGCGCCGUUCGAAGGCACAUUCAACCCAUCAGCCGAACCAGCCAUCGCCUGCGCCCUGCUUGUCGAUCACCUCUGCACGCGCAGGAAUAAGCGAUGUCUCCUUGCGUAUCACCGUGUCCGUGCCGAGAAACUGGAAGAGAUGUGCUGGACCGGCGUGGAUGUGUUGGAGCAGCAAUUGCCUUAUUCUAGUGGUGAAGAUAAUGCAUCUGCAGGAUUCGGAGUAGGAGUAGGAACGGGAGCGGGGAAUAACAGUCACAGUUCGCUUAGUCCGGAGGAGGAAGAGUAUUUUCGAUUGUACAGUGAUCUGUUGGCGGCAUAUAAGGGGCAGUGGACGGAUAUUGACCUCACGGGGUCUGUGGAACCGCCUACGGAUUUGUUUAUUGAUGUGAGGGUGCUGAAGGAUGCGGGGGAGAUUCAGACGGAGUAUGGGGUCAUCAAUCUGUCCAAGGGGAGUCAGUUGUACGUGCGGCAGGGUGAUGUGGAGAGGUUGAUUGCACAGGGGUUUCUGGAGAGGCUGAAUUGAUAUGAUACUGUUUACUUUUCUUCUUUGCUAUAAAAUGAUACCCGAUGUUUAUAGAAACAUUUUUGGCCGUUGGAUGCAGAUCACGUGUCUAUGUGGAAGAAGCAGCCACUUGCAAUCUAGAGACGCUGGACAUGAACCAAUUGCUUCAGUUUUACCAUUGACAUAUACUAUGUAUGCCAUAAAUGAAUUCAG